AUGCACAGCACCGUCACACACUCGCAGCACGCGCCGCGCCGAGGACCCGUCCACGCCGUGAGCGCACGCGGGCUGCUGACGCCCAGACCCACACGGCUCGCUCUCCCCGCGCCGUCAGAGAGAGAGCGAGCGAGCGCGCGCGAGCCAGCCGCCGGGAUUAACACAGGGAGCAGAGGAGCCGUCCGGACACGAAGGAAACCAGGUGGCUCGGGGACGGACCGGCGAGUUCAGAGACCGCACCGGCGGGGCGGCAGGAGGAAGCGCGGGUUCGGGGGGAAGAAGUUUUCCAGCCCUGUGGCGCUGCGAGGAGCGGGCGCGGGGAGGGUGCGCGGGGAUACGACACCGCUCCGGGAUAUCUACUCCACGGGCAGUCCCCGCUCCACAGUUACAGGGACACGGAGGGGUCUGGGGGCGCAGCGCGGCGCGGCGGCGGGACGUGGGAUUUGGGAUCGAGCGAGGGAGUCGCGUGGACCCCCCGCCCGGGCCCGCGGGAGGAGUGGGCUCCCCACGAGACGGUCCCCCCCACGGAGGAAGGCGCGCCACGAGCAGGCCAGCUGCCAUGCCGAUCCCCAAUCUUCCGAAAUAGACCCUGCCUCCGGCCGAGGCCGACGCCCACCCCCUCGCCACACCUCGCCCAAUCGCCAGCCGGGACGCCCCGCCAGCCCGCCCCCUCAUCCCGCUGAGCGCCAGCCUGAUGAUCACUAGCGCCAUGGGGACGGUGCGCGUCAACAGGUGAGGC